UCGCAUCCCCGAUCUUCCCACCCACCACUCGCUUCUCAUGUUUGACAAACCCUCCCAACCCAACUCCGUUUUGACCCCAAGAUAGCAGUCACUAACUUGGCCGAUUUUUUCUCGCAAAACCUCUAUGUUCUAUCCAAUAAUUAACAUCCCAUCACGAUGAUUUUCGAAGCGCUGGGCUUGCUCGCACUCGCCUACCUGGUGUGGAGCUUGGUGACACUGGAGAUCAACUACCGUCGUGCUUCAAGCAUGGGAAUCCCCUUGGUGCGCCUUUACAUCGAUCCCCUGAAUGUCCUCUGGAUGGUUUUCGAACCAAUACUCUGGCCUUGGCUGUACAAACUUCCUAUCAAUUGGCGCAAUUACAGCUUCGGUCGCUACUCCCGCCGGGGCUGGUACUUUGCCGAUCGCGGCGAGUCCCAUCAACGCUAUGGGCCCAUGUGGGCUCUGGUUACUCCUCGCGAUAUCUACAUUAACGUCGCCGAUCCGGAUGCAAUCCAUGACAUCUUCCAACGGCGUACUGACUUCAUUCGACCAAGUCAAUUGUACAAGGUACUCGAAGUGUACGGACCAUGCAUCUCAACAGCUAGCUGGAAUGACUGGCCGCGGCACCGAAAGGUCCUAGCAACAUCAUUUAACGAAAGCGCCAUGUCCUUUGUCUGGGAGGAAAGUGUAGAACAGACACGCCAGAUGCUGCAGGUCUGGGACUCUUCUGUCGAUGGCCACAUUCCCAGUGUUGCAAAAAACCCGCGGACCCUCUCGUUGAAUGUCCUUGCCGCAACAGGAUUCCGCAAAUCGUUCCCUUUUCAGAGUGCCAAAGAUCAUGAAGUGAAGUAUGAAGAAGAUGAAUCAGAGGGCUACCGCGAUGCACUCCAGACCGUGCUGGAUAACUGCAUCCUUCUCAUGGUGAUGCCUCGGAAACUACUCACUCUGCCUUUCGCACCCGAGUCAUGGCAUCAUCUUGGCAAAGCGGCCACCGCUUUCAAGAAGUAUAUGGUCCAAAUGCUGGACGAAGAAACGAAAUCAUUGAACACCGGAAGGGCAGGUAGCGGAGGCUUGAUGACUUCAUUUGUGCGCGCCAUGGAUCUGAAGCAAAAGGUAGACGGGGAGCAAAAAGCAAAUGCAAGUGGCUCACCUCCCAAAGGACUUACGGUAGACGAGAUUUUUGGAAACAUCUUUGUCAUCAACUUUGCGGGUCAUGAUACAACUGCCAAUACGUUGAGCUUUGGCUUGCUGUUGCUUGCCGCAUAUCCGGAAAUCCAAGACUGGGUGGCUGAGGAGUUGCAAGAGCUUGAUGAAGAAAAUAUCAAGGGGCACUAUAAUGAUCUGUUUCCACGCCUGCUUCGGUGUCGCGCCGUCUUGCUCGAGACCCUCCGCCUCUUUCCACCAAUUGUAUCCCUGCCCAAAUGGACCAACGAUAACCCCCAGCUACUCAAGCUAGGCGACAGAGAAAUAAUGAUCCCUCCCCACGUGGGAGUCCACCCCAGCCUUCUCGACAUGCACAUCCAUCCCCAGUAUUGGGAGGACCCCUUGACAUGGAAGCCGUCCCGCUGGAUAACCAAAUCAGCUGCGUCUAGCGAUGUCUCAGAAGAGAUCAUCGCCCCAUCCCGGUCGACCUAUUUUCCAUGGUCAGACGGGCCUCAAAACUGCCCGGGGAACAAGUUUUCGCAGGUUGAGUUCGUGGCUGUCAUGGCAGCCCUCCUCCGGAGUCAUCGGGUGCACCCGGUUGCCAACCCUGGGGAAAGCCCGGAGGAUACGCGUGCAAGAGUCUUGGCGACAACGCAGGACGUGGAUUUGCAAUUGCUCCUGCGGAUGACGGAUGCGGAUCAGGUUCAAUUGGCGUGUCGUCGGGUAGCCUGAGGUUUGCCUAGUAUAGAAGUAAAAGUUGUGGGGGUGAUGUAAUCGAAGAUAAACCAUAUUGUAUAUAGCUGGCGGAGUGCCUUGCUUGGGGGUAUCUUCCAGCCCCAUGUAGGAUACAGC